AUGCUGGUGCAGUUCUACACGGCCAUCAUCGAGUCCAUCUUCACCUCCUCCAUCACCAUGUGGUAUGCUGGGCCACUGCCAGGGGAAGCAUGCUGGGGUAGAGGAGUUUCGGAGUACGAGGAUGAGUGCAUUGAUGAGAUGUUCCGGUCAGAUGGGAAAGUGAUUUUCACCAGACCGUCUGGGCGCUACCACUUCACAGGCAACAUUGCUGAGGGCGAUGCGGCAAUGACCAUCAUGGAUGUCAAUGAGGAUGACUCUGGAUAUUAUUUCUGUUUGGUGAAGGGCAUCGGUAUCUAUCAGUUGUUCAAGUGGGACGUGGAGAUAGAAGGACCCCCCAGAGAGGCCGUGGCCCCCUCCUCCAUCCAGACAGCACCAACUCCCAUCAUGGCCACCACGCCCUCCACUGCCAACGAGACCAAGAGUGAGACAACAAUUGUGGUGGCUUCCACUGUGACACCCCUUGUUCUGGUGAUGCUGACUGUUGCCCUGGCUGUGACACCCCUUGUUCUGGUGAUGCUGACUGUUGCCCUGGCUGCCACAUGGUACAUUAAAACACGGACAGGUGGAGUAAACUUGGUCGCGAGGGUAUGGAGCCUACUCCAGGAAAUGCGGAGAACACCCUGGACUGGUCGCGAGCCAAUGGCAGUUUAUAGCGUGCAGGCCAGUAACGGAAAGGGUGUGGAAUUCAUUAGGAUGCCGUAUGGUCCAUUCAAAGGGCCUUGAGUGAGCUCGAGCCUAUCCCUGCUGACUUUGGGCGAGAGGCGGAGGACACCCUGGUCUGACAUGCUAACCACUCGUCCACCGUGCUGCACCUUCCUAGAUGAAUCAUUACAAUCACUCGGUGGAGAAGCUGUGAUUUCGAUAUUAAAAUUGGGUUCUGUUUUUUCGAGUGAUCAUGAUAAAACCUACUCUUUGACAAGCACAAAAUGAUUUGAAAAUGAAUUUUCUUCAUUGAAGAAUAUUGUAUUAUUGCUGUGAUUUCAGGUUUUCUUUGAUGCUCAUCUCCUUUAUCGUGUAUUUUAUCUCCUGUAAAAUAUAAUAAAUUGACUU